CCGCUUGAAGCGAGCUGUGCGUCUUAAAAGCCCUGUGUGCGCGAUUCGUAUUUAUUAAUUAUAUACAUUAUCAGUUUUAUGCAUAUAUAUACAUAUUACUGAAUAAUGUUAUCAGCCAUUUUAACAUUGCUGACAGCAUGUUCACUAGUUGCAGCCGGACCACUGACUAAUUGCACUUCAGAUCAAUUUGAGUGCCAGAACGGCGACUGCAUUAAUGGCACACUGAAAUGCGACGGUAUCAAAAACUGUGUGGAUGGCAGCGAUGAGAUCUUCAACACCUGCUAUAACACAACCUGUGCCCAGAAUUUCUUUCGCUGCAACUACGGCGGCUGUGUGCCUCAUCACCUGACAUGCAAUGGAGGCAACGAUUGUUGGGAUAAAAGCGAUGAAAACGUUUUUUUGUGUGCGGGUGAGGCAAACGUGGACGAACGGCUAGCCGCGAUGAAAGGUAGCUGCAGCAACUUCUAUGCAUUUGAAUGCAAGGACAACUACAGUUGCGUGAAGUGGAGCCAAUUGUGUGACGGCCAUAUUGAUUGUCCCAAGGGCGACGAUGAGUCUCCGGAUGUGUGCGGGGCCAGCAUAUGUCCCACCGGUUCUUUUCGCUGCGAGACUGGCGCCUGCAUCAAUGGCAAGAGCCUCUGCAAUCAGAAUAUCGACUGUCCCGAUGGUAGCGACGAAAUACCCGAUAUAUGCCUCAAGAGAGAACUAACCAUACCAGACAUAUUAGCUCCAACUGGUUCGGUAGAGGCAGCCCCCAGCGUCUGGAGGACCAACUCUUGCCCCUUGAAGACAGAGCAGGGUAUGCGAGUGGAGGAUUACUUUUCAGAGUUUACGUUCAGGCCAGAUGGUGAGGUGCCGGACAAAACCAUUGUGUCUCUUACCUGUGAAAGCGGCUACGAGAUUUUCGGAGCCAAUAUCAAUAAAUGCGACAACGGAAAGUGGUUUAAUGAAGUCGAUCUUCUUCCCCACGUUUGCAUGCGUGUCUGCGAUCAGAGCCCGAUUGUACGCAACAUCAGCUAUGCGACGCAGUGUGUCUCCGAUAAUGCUGUUGUCGAUUGCAAACAAAAUAAGCUCAUGAAGGGCACCAAAUUAUUGGUAAAUUGUGGGCCCGGCUUUAGGGCCAAAUCGAGUGCUAAUCAAUUGGGUCGACACAGCUGCAAUGAGAAUGGCGAGUGGUUCGUUGAAGAGCCUAAUCCAAUUUGUGAGCCCAUCUGUGGUGUAAAAUCUUCGCAACAUCCCGACAUCACGCCCUGGUCCGUGACCAUUUUUCAGCGCCGCUCUAGCAUCCAGCCGGACUAUACGUUCAGAUGCGUGGGCACUAUACUAACACCAUAUAUUGUAAUUACGGCCGCGGACUGUUUUUCGGAUAUGUUUGUAAAAGAUUCACAUAUUUACUACACCAUCGCGGAGGGCAAUCACAAUAUCGACUUCAAUCAGAAUGAGGACCAUGGCUAUGAUCUACACAACAUUUUGGAUAUACACUUGGUCACGUUCAACACGACACAGAAGGCAGCUUUACUAACUCUGGUAAAACCCUUCUGGCUAGGUGCUCUGGUCCGACCCAUUUGCUUGACUGCCAGCCAGGCAGAUAUUGCAGAUAGUUCUCUGCAGAUCGCAAGUGCCGGGGACUUCAGCAAGCAACAAUUGGGUGAGGGGCAGACGGUAUAUGAGAACGCGAGGUAUACCCUUACACACUUUGUGGCCAGCGAAUCGAGCAAAUAUAAUAUUGCAGCUUUUAUCAGCGCUAUCAAUAAUGAAAUAGCUAAGACGGAGCAAAGCCCUUGAACGUUUUACUGUAAUUUGUUUUAAAAACAAAACAAAAUCUACUACAUCUACUACUGCUAAUAAUAAGUAUAAGUAUCUUA